AUGAGGAUAAAUAUGCAAAAAUCCUUCCGAUUCACCAAUUCAUCCAUCAAAGCCCUUCCGGCAAACACAGAUACCAGAUCUACAGAGCUUGAGGUAUCUGAUACCGAAGUUAUUGGCCUCAAAUGUCUCUCAGGUCGAACGGGUAACAAACGUUUCCUCCUGCGCUACACAUUCCACGGUACCAAAAAAAGUAUCAGUAUUGGCAGAUUCCCUGAAAUUGAUGUGGGGACAGCUCGCCAGAUAGCUCGCCGUCAUAAGGAGGCGAUUGCACUGGGAAAUGACCCUAAAGCAGAACGCGAUAAUUAUCGUGCGAUGCCAACACUUAGUGAGUUUUUUCACCAGACCUAUGUUCCGUUCAUCAAGCGCCAUAAAAAGUCCUGGGAUAAGGAUGUUCAGCGUUUCACGCAAUACAUUGAACCUCGUCUGGGAAAGAUACGUUACUGCGAUCUCAGGGCCAGAGAGAUACAACAGGUGCUGUUUGACAUGCUGGAGGGGCGUAUUCACGGGCAGCAAUAUGCGCCGUCUACCUGUAACAGAGCCCUUGCUAUUCUGAAAACGAUGGGGCGUUAUGCGUUGCGACAGGAUGUGCUGGAAAAGAAUGAAGCCGAUAAGAUCCCUUUACUGAAAGAGAAUAAUCAGCGGACGCGCUUUUUUGAUGCUGAUGAGAUCAGGCGCAUUCUUGACGCUGCUACCCAAUAUCCCAACAAAGCUGCCGGGGGAUUGAUAGCCAUGUUGUUGUUAACCGGUACACGCAAAUCAGAAAUGCUUAAUGUCAGGCAUGAACAUAUCGACCGGGCCAAUCGUACUCUGUUCAUUCCUUAUACAAAAAAUGGUCGCAGUCGGACGGUAUAUCUAAGCGAUGCCGCAUUAUCGAUUAUUGAUGCUAUCCCACGAGUUGGCAGUAAUCCGUAUCUGUUCGCCAUUAAGGAUAAUGGAAAACCGAUAUCGGAACCCCGAUGGGCAUAUGAAAAAAUACUGGCACAGUGCGGUAUAGACAAGAAUGAAGUCUGUUUUCACACCACACGUCAUUCUGUUGCCUCUUUACUGGUUUCGAGUGGUCAAUUCAGCCUGUAUGACGUUAAAGCCCAACUGGCGCAUGCCAGUAUUCAGAGUACAGAACGUUACGCGAAAUUAACACCGGAACGUAUGCGUCAGACAGGGCAGGGAGUGACUGACCUGCUUCUGAAUACUGCGGCUACGAAGCAGAUGUGA